AUUGCAUUGCACCACCAUCGCUCUUCAUCUUCUUCCCCAAACCACCGCUCAUGUCUGCAUCAUUGGUACCGGCAUCGCCCGCUCCUCUGUCGCUCACUUCCUCUGCCGAUACUCCCCAACUGUCACCCGAAUCUCCAUGUUUGACCAUCAUCCGUUUGUCGAAGCCAACCCUGACCAAUCUGGGUGUUGUUCCCUUACGCCUUUUCCCUCCUUAAAAUAACCAAUUUGAACWGAUUGAACAAGAGGGCGGAAGAGGAGGGAGGCUCAAGCUGCAGGUCUCUACUCAUCUCUCGGGUCAUUCCUACCUUCCCAUAAUUCAUAAUGGUUGUUCUCUCUGAAAUAUGCUCAUCUUCUUCAGCUCAUGCUUAUAGAUAUGACGUAUUUUUAAGUUUUAGGGGUCUUGACACUCGCCAUAAUUUCACCGAUCAUCUUUACGAGGCGCUUUGCAAUGUUAAUAUCACUACCUUUUUGGACGAUGAAGAGAUGGAAACGGGAGAAGAUUUGAAACCGGAGUUGAAGAGUGCAAUCAAAGCAUCCAGAGCUUCUAUUAUUGUGUUGUCUCAGAAUUAUGCUUCUUCGACCUGGUGUCUUGAUGAAUUGGUACUGAUCCUCGAUCAAAAGAGGACCUCCGGUCAUAUUGUUAUUCCCAUCUUCUAUCAUGUCGAGCCCACCGAUGUCAGGAAGCAACAAAACAGCUUUGGAAUUGCUAUGAGAAAGCAUAAGCACAGGAUGGAGAUAGAGACAAAUGCAAAGAAACGAAGUCAUUGGGCUAAAAAAGUGGAGCUAUGGAAUGAAGCACUGAUGGAAAUUGCUGAUUUGAAAGGAAAAAAUUCAAAGAAUCGGAAAGAGACGGAGUUCAUUCAAGAAAUUGUUACUGAAAUUCAUCGUAGAUUAGGUGUACCCUUAAAAGUAACUCUACCAUUUCUUAUCGGCAUGGACCACCACAUCAAAUUCAUUACUUAUUGGUUGAAAGAUGGAUCCUCUACUUGUGCUGAAAUUCUCACAAUUGUAGGCAUGGGUGGGAUUGGGAAGACAUCUUUGGCCAAAUAUCUUUUUUGCUUGCAUUGUCGUGAAUUCCAAAGAAGCAGCUUUGUAGAAGAUAUCAGUAGGAGAUGUGCUGAAAAAUUGACUGGAUUGCUUGAUUUACAAAAACAAAUUUGUGGUGACAUUUCAAAUAAAAGUUCAAUUCAAGUCCAUGAUGUUUCUAUAUACACCUCUCAAAUCGAGAAUACACUAGCACAUAAAAAAGUGUUCCUAGUUCUUGAUGAUGUUGAUAGUUUCAGUCAAUUGGAUGCAUUACUUGGAAACAAAGGUUUUCAUCCGGGAUGCAAAAUCAUAAUAACCACCAAGGACGCAUCUUUGACAGAAAAGUGUGAGCUAUUCAACCUUAAAGUUCAACCCAAACAUACAAAGCACUUACUCGAAGCCUUACAUGAGACUCAGUCACUGGAGCUUUUAUGUCUUCAUGCCUUCAAGUGCAGCAGUCCGAAGGAAGGUUACAUCAAGGUUUCAAAAGAGCUUGUGAAAUAUUGUAAAGGACAUCCAUUGGCUCUUUCAGUUUUGGGCAGGUCUCUACGUAAUGGAAAUAUAGCUGAAUGGGAGGAUUGCCUAGAAAGGCUAAAGGAUGAACCUGAUUUUCGUAUUAAGAAGGUCUUGCAAAUGAGCUUCGACUCUUUACCAUCUACAGAUGACAAAGAAUUGUUUAAGCAUAUUGCUUGUUUUUUUGCUGGGAAAGAUAGAGAAUCAACUGAAACAAUAUUGAAGGCAUGUAAGAUCCGCACAGUACUUGGGAUCAAGAAUCUCGUUGAUAGAUGCCUUCUUUCGAUUGAUAGUAAUAACAAGUUGAUGAUGCAUCAAUUGGUUCAAGAGAUGGGAAGAGAUAUAGUACGCCAAGAAUCACCUGACAUGCCAGAGGAGCGUAGUCGAUUGUGGUGUCAUGAAGAGUCAUUCAAUGUAUUGGAACAAAACAGAGGUACAAGAAAGCUUAAAGGCCUUGUUCUAGACAUGGAAAUGCUUGAGAAAGGGAACAUGUAUGACUCGGUUGAGUUGAGAACAGAUGCAUUGAGUAAGAUGGAUAACUUAAUGCUACUACAACUUAAUUAUGUGCGACUCGGUGGAUCUUAUGAGAACUUCCCUAAAAAAUUAAGAUGGUUGUGUAUGCAUGGGUUCCCUUUAGAGUAUAUACCUCCAAAAUUGCAAUUGGAGAAUCUAGUUGCCCUUGACAUGUCUUAUAGCAGCUUCAAAUUUCUGGACAUGUCGUAUGGCAACUCGGAACGACCUGGGAAGUCGCAAAAGCUAACUGGCUCGUGCUCAAAAGACAACAAACGGUUGCUUAGAUCAUUGAAGAUUCUUAAUCUAAGUUUCUGUAAACAGCUUCAUAGUCUCUGUGGCUUUAUCGAACUCCCUGCACUUGAGAAGUUAUUACUUUCAAAUUGCAUAGGUUUGAUUGAGGUUUGUGAAUCAAUUUGGCAAUGUGAUCACCUUGAGCUCAUUGAUCUGAGUUAUUGCAAUGAGGUUGGAAAGAUUUUAAGAACUAUAGGUAUGCUAAAGAAGGUGAAAAUACUAAAACUAGAUGGUUGUAAUCUUAGUGAAAAUCUGAUCAAGAUGAGGGAUACGGAAUUACCAGAAAUGGUCAUGGCUAACAACCUUGCCAUACACUCUCAAACCUCUUUCUCUACCAUUGUGGAGAUUAUACCCAGAGAUUUGGGAUCCUCUUUGAUCUUUUUGUCGAGGUCAUUAGAAUGCUUGUCACUUAAAAAUAAUGGUUUGUCCAACGAAUCCUUUCCAAUGGACUUCAGUAACCUAUCCAUGCUGAAGGAGCUAUAUUUAGAUGGAAAUAAUAUUGUUUCACUGCCUAAUUGUGUGAGAGGCCUUCCCAGACUUGAGAAACUUAGUAUUGACCGUUGUAAUAGAUUGACCACAUUGGAGCAUCCUCCACUUACACUAAAACACUUGAUAAUGGGUGUCAGCCUUUUGAUCAGCAAAGUUGUAUUUGAUCGAGAAAUGUCCCCAAUCAUGUUAAGUACGUGGACAGGUUGCAGGUCUUUAAUUGAAGGCAUGUUUAAAGUGGAAGAUAUGGCAGAUGUCGAGGAAGAGGUAUUACGUAGUCUGGGGUGGACUAAUUUAGACUUCAUCAAAAAUCAGCUGACAGAAUCUAAAGUCGAGAUGCAAUAUGAAUUUGGGAUAUUUAGCACAAGGUAUGAGGGGAAAGAGAUGCCAAAUUGGAUAAGUGAUAGAAGGGAGGGGUCAUCAAUAUCAUUGACCAUCCCAUCAUCUCCUCACAACCUUAAAGGAUUGAAUUUCUGCAUCGUGUUUAUGGCUAUAAAGGGGUAUCUUAAUGUAUUGGGUGAAAUAAGAAUUAGUAACAUAACAAAGAACCGCACAUGGAUAUACAAUUGCUUUGGGGUCUUUGAGUCCACUAGAGAGGGUAUUAUUGUAUAUCUAAGCCAUUGGAUGUUUGGGAAGAGCGAGAUGGAAGAUGGUGAUGAAGUUACUGCCACAGUGACAGUAAUGCAAGCUGAUGAACAUAUAGGUAAGUCAUUGGAUGUUUUGGAGUGUGGGAUUAGUCUUGUGUAUGACGAUGGGAAGAAGAAAAUGGAAGAAGAAGAAGAAGACGUAUUGGGUUAUUACAAGUCAUGGAAUCAUAUUAUUGGUGGGGAUCUCUCUCCUUUUCAAACUACUACCCCCGGAGUAUAUGACCUAAACAGUGGACCUAUCAACACAAUCCCAACACUUGGAGAUUUUCCACAAGCAGAGGCAACAUCAUUAAGUUGUUAAAACAACAGUUUCUUCCUGCAACAACAGCUAAGCUAUUACUUGGUGGAAGUGGUUGUAAAUGCAUUAAUUACUUCUUUUUAUCUUCCUUUUUUUCAUCAGAAAAACGUCCUCUGUUUAGAGCUUUCUCUCAAAGCAAGUCAACAUAGUUGGUGGGGUGAUGCAUCUAACCUAAUUAAGGAUUAUUCAAUCCUUUAUGUGUAGUUUUUACAGGCGGAUGCAAUAUCCAAGUUUAAAAAAUAUGCAAAGAGAGGUCUGCUAGUUCCAUAUUCAAGGGGAUACGUAAGCACGGUCAUUUCCUCCUUGUUCUCCUAUUUCAAGCUCAAGAUACCCCCCAUUUGUUGUGUCAAAAGUCUCCAAGAGAAUUUUGCUGAAAUCUUAAUAUCGUAAGUUUGAAGUUUUCUUAUAGCUUAA